AUGGCAGCGAGCCGGCUGGCUUGGCUUUCUAACGACUCCCCUCCGCCUCUCACCUACAGUGCAGAGAGCACACCCGUGUCGACUCCAGAAACUGCCGGCACACCACCUCCGCCCAAGCAGUCGCGAGACGACGAUUUAUUCUUCAACUGGCACAAAAAAGCCGCAUCCGACAACGCGAUCGCCGACGACUUCACCAGCGACGACCUGCUCUUUCCGCCCGACGACGACGAGCCAGAGACUCUACCCCUCUUUCCCACCGCUUCGCCACUACCGCACAUCAACGAAAUGCCUUCCGCGGCAUCUCCGAUAAAUAUCGCCACCAGCCGAACCACCUCCUCUUCACCCAGGAGUCAACAGUCCAACCUCACCUCGCAACUUCGAGAUUCGCAAGAACGGGGCGAAUCAAAUACUAUGCCCGCACCACAGCACGUUCCCGUCAUGAAGCCACGCCAAGGGUCAGUCAGCAUGCUGGGAACCACACCAUUCGGCGCAAGGCAGAUACCCGGCAUGCAGCGUCGUGAGAGCACUUACGGCAACGGCAUGUCAGGCAGUCUGGUCGCUGGACAGAGUUGGGGUGGAAUCUCCAUGGGUAGUUUCAUCAGAGACGACAUUCUCAUGGCCGGCACAUCUCCGUAUCAGUUCAACUCGCCCUCCUUCCACUCUUCGUCGUACCUUCCCAAGAUGGAGGCGAACUACAUGAAAGACUACGUAUGUUGCGACAUCCGCCUCGAUUCGAUGCACGAACUGUUGCAGCAUUACGAGGAAGCACACGCAGCUCAGCCAACUCAGACGAUGGGACGAACACCCAAGGACCAGCUCCCAAGCAGUAGAGCGGCCAACGCAACAAGCACUGCGCAAGCGGUACAACAGCAGACACAAUCGCAGCAGGUGAAAAUUCCUCAACGGACACUCGCUCCACACAGCGAAUCGAUGCCUCCUAACCCUUCGACGCCAAUGUUUAGUGGCCAGAGCCAGGACCACAUCGGCACCUUCGACAACCUCGACGAUAUGGAUAUGGACAUGGGCGACGGUGGACCGCAAGUCCAGCAACCACAAUACCAACCACAACCUCAGUUUGGCCGACAACAGCCACGAGGGCCUUCGGUCAACGUGAAUCUUGCAAACGCAUUUCAAGGGCAAGGUCUGAACGCUGCAACGCCUACGACGCCACACGCAAAUCUGCAAGGCAUGGGCUUACCGCACAAUCCAACGGUUUCAUCGGUAAAUACUCCCACACUCACAACUCAGACUCUCUCACAACAGACAGCGACUCCCGACACUUCACAACCAAGCACACCAGCUGAGCUCGAUCCUGACUUCAUUGCUUCCAUGGGUAACCUUGGUCAUAUGGACUACAACGCACUGGCUCAAGGCAAUUUCGAUUUUGGCGCCUUCAAUUACAUGGGCAGCAUGAACAACGGUGGGUCUGCGACGAUCGACAAUCCUGAGAAGCGGUUACUGAGCAAACAAGGGUUCGGUAACAAGGGAAUGCCAAAUCCGGCUUUCACGAACGCACAAUCAAGCGAACUUGCCAAACGCGUUCGAGAAAGUCAACUUCUCAAUGGCCUUGCUGGUGUUGGAGGAUUUGUGGGCGAGGAGAUCAAGCCGUUCAAGUGCCCUGUCAUUGGCUGCGAGAAGGCAUACAAGAACCAGAACGGUCUCAAAUACCACAAACAGCACGGUCACCAAAAUCAACAGCUUAAAGAAAACCCUGAUGGUACGUUCUCAAUCGUGGAUCCUGCGACCUCAAUACCAUACCCCGGCACGGUCGGCAUGGAGAAAGAGAAGCCAUAUCGAUGCGAGGUAUGCGGCAAGCGAUAUAAAAACUUGAACGGUCUCAAGUAUCAUCGACAACACAGCCCACCUUGCAAUCCAGAUCUCAAGCUCAACAACCCGAAUGUUCCCGGUCUGCCGACCAAUCUGCAAAACCUGAAUGCCAACGUCGCCGGCGCUGGACUUGUCGGCGAGGGCAUGGGCUACUGAGUCAGCUCAAUUUCCGCGGUUUGCGGUUCGCUUGGGUGCAGCCCUGCUUACCUGCUCGAGCGCUGUCACAUUCCCGUUCACCGCCCGGGCACUCAGCGUCUGUGCAGCGAUCGGACGCACACACUUCACCUACAGCUGCACAUUGUUUUCUUCCGCAUCGCGCAGCAUCUACCGUUCGAGACUGGUCGAAUCACUCGACCCUUUUUUCGCACAUUGUUAUAGCGAUAUCGUUUAGCGAGGCGUUUGGGAGUUUGGAAUGAUCUCCGAAGGGAGGACCUGGCAUCGCCAAUGCUUGCUACGAUACCCCUCUAGAUCGAAAUGCCGCGAUCUUUGUUUAUUGGCAACGGCUUGGGCACAAAAGACCGCUUGGACCUUUAUUUUUGAUACGACCUCGGGCUACCCUUGGGCACAGCGUCCCAGCUAUUUUCUGCUUUGCUCGAUGAAUCGCCUGACGAAUGCACGAUGCAAGCAGCGACGGCAAGGAUUGCAAGCUUUUACAGAAAACAUGAAUGGUUUUAUUAAUGUUGAGAGGAUGGCGUUGAGAGCGGCGUUUGAACAGCGAAGAAUAGACCACAAGUAGACAUCGCCACUUGGUGCGUGAGCACGAUAGAGAGACUUCUC